AUGUUCCUCAAGUCUACUUUCGCCGCCACGGCAUCGGCUGCUGCUCUGGUGCUGGCCUCGCUGACUUCGGCCGCGCCCACCUCAUCCAACUAUCAGCCUGACUGCAAGAGCAUCGGCAAAGGUGCAUUUGGAUACAACUCGUCUGCCAUCGGCAUCUACUCGAACAAGCCUCCUCAGACCUAUCUGACAGUCGCAAGCGACAACAACCGACUUAUCGCAUCGACCGUACCAGACUACCAGGAACAGACUCUCUUUGAGUUCUUCAAUUGCUCCUACAAGCCUGCACCGUACGUUGGCAAGGGUGCCAUCGACACCUACCAGGGCUACAUCAAAGCUCCCAAUGGCGAAUGCGUCACCGUCGCCGACACUUCAAGCAGUCGAAGCUACGUGCUCACCAGCCCGUGCAAGUUCAACUCGGACAAGUCGUACGGCAACGUCGACCCUUCCCAGCACUUCCAAUUCCAGACCGACACUUUCUACAGCUUCUAUUCGGUCGUCUUCCUCUCCAAGGUUCAUGGUCCCGUUGACACCAACAGCUUCGGCUCGGGUGCACACUACCACUUUUCCAUCUCGGACAAGAAACGCCCCUACCUCAUCUCGAGCCAUCAACCUAGCAACCCCCAGGACGGAAAGUUGAACGAAAUGCUCAUUGCGCAGAUCGGCGACGAGUACAAGCCCACCACGAAAACCUUCCCCGCUUGCAAGGUCGUGAAAACGGGCAACGUCGAGCUUGUCAACACUCAGACCGGUGCGGUCCAUCCUGUCACCACCGACUACGGCCACCAGUUCCCCUAUGCACAAACCAUCCUCAUUGGCGGCACGGGCAACCCCAGUUUCAGCUUCUUGGAGUGCGACUCCGAAUACAUGGGCUACAAAUCCGACAGCACCAACACCUACGGCCACUUCAAGUCGAAUGAAUUCGACGGAGAGGCCUCCUGCUUUACCAAGCAGACCGGCGGCGAUCUCAACGAUCUCAUCCUCGAGAGCCAGGUCAACGGCAACCCGCCAGAGUACGAUACCAAGGAUCAGAUCCCAGCCUACUUCCGCAUGCAACAGACCAGCGACGGCUACUACCAGCUCAAUUACUUGGGUGGUCGCGCUUCGGACAACGUCACUCCUUCGCAGUGGAUGCCCAAGCGUGACGCCAGCCAGUCGGACGACGUCACCACUGUAUUCGUCGAUGCCAGCAACACUGGCUACACGCUGCGUUUCACCAAGGCAUAA